ACCAUUACGCAAUUAAAAGAAAUCAAAUAUAUAUAACUUUGUUGGUACGUGAGAGAGAAGAGAAGAUGACUGGGUUUUUUUCCUGCAGUAUCAGUGGCGUGGACUUUUUUUGCCGAAAUUGAGAAUUGAGUUUGAGAUCCACGAAACCAAAAAAAGUCAAAUCAUCCGACCAGAACACCAGAAUCAUCGUAUAACAUGCACAGAGCAUAAAGGUUGGAUAUUGAUUAGGUUUGGUUGAAGAUAGAAAAAAAAGAAAGACUUUUUAAAGUCUUGGUUCACUCAAGUGAAUGGUUGGCGGUGGAAAUGGAGAGGGAGCUCCACCCUCGACGGCGGUGCGUCCCAGAAGUGAUCUCCGCCCACGCGCAACCGCAGAGAGCGUUUUCAACGGCGGGGACGCUGCGGGGUAUAGCCCCGGUCCCAUGACUCUGCUUUCUAGCCUGUUCGGCGACGGCGAUGAGUAUAAGUCGUUCUCGGAGUUCCUCGCCGGCGCUAUGAUGGACCCCACCCCUCCUCGGUUUUUUUCCGAUUCACCUUCUCAAGGACACUUUGGAAUGACACAGCAGCAAAUGCUAGCACAGGUCACAUCCCACUCCAAUGUGCAAAUUCAAGCUGAAGAUCCAUUCUCUGCUGCAGUUCCUGCUACCUCAUUGACACAGGUUCCUACAACUAUUUCCACCACUGUGUCAGCUUCUGGGGUGACAGAAUCCUUUGGUUUUUCUCACUCUGAUAAAAAAUUGCACUCUUCUGCUGUCAUUGUUGACAAGCCCAAUGAUGAUGGCUACAACUGGAGGAAGUAUGGGCAGAAACAUGUAAAAGGUAGUGACUUAUCUCGAAGUUAUUACAAAUGCACACAUCCAAAUUGUCCUGUUAAGAAAAAGCUUGAGCGAUCUCUUGAGGGUCAUGUAACUGCAAUUAUCUACAAAGGAGAGCACAACCAUCAACGUAAGACGACAAAAGGCACCCUAACAUCAACUGAGAAUUCAGAUAAGUUGAAAGAAGAGAGGAGUUCUCACUCGGUGUCUCAGAUGGAUCUAGAAUCUGGAACGAGUGACAGUGAGGAAGUAGGUGAUCAUGAAACUGAAAUGGAUGAGAAAAAUGAUGAACCUGAUCCAAAGAGGAGAAACACAGAAGGCAGACUCCAGGAUCCAGCCUCUUUGCAUAGAACUGUGGCAGAGCCUAGAAUCAUUGUGCAAACAACAAGUGAAGUGGAUCUCUUGGAUGAUGGAUAUAGGUGGCGCAAAUAUGGGCAGAAAGUUGUCAAGGGCAACCCCUAUCCAAGGAGCUAUUACAAGUGCACCACCCCAGGUUGCAAUGUUCGGAAGCAUGUUGAGAGGGCUUCGACGGAUCCUAAAGCUGUAAUAACAACAUAUGAAGGAAAACAUAAUCAUGAUGUACCAGCAGCUAAGACUAAUAGUCACACACUUGCCAAUAAUAGUUCAACACAGCUUAAAGCACAAAAUGCCAUGCCUGAUGAGAAGAUGCAUAGUUUCAGGGGCAGUGAGCAGCGACCUGUGGCAAGUCUAAGACUAAAGGAAGAGAAGAUAACUUAGGUUUCUUCGUUUCUUAAGUUAUUGUAUCUUUUUUCUCAUAAUUCCACAUAUAUAUACAAAACAUUAUGUUAAACUCACACACUAGUAAUAUAUAACACAAAAG